ACAACUCGUAACUCAUUCAUUUGGUUUAGCAAUGUCAUGUCAGUCAAACAAAAUCGGGCAAUUGUGUGUGUUUGCAGUGCGAGUACAGAUAUUCAUAAUGUUUAUUCAAUAAAGAAAAUUAACUUAGAUUUACAUAUCCCGCAGACAAGUCUCCCCAUGUAGGCACAAUUCAGUCUCAGUUUCGAGGCGCACUGCGCCAACAAAGGAAGUGCCAUGAGUUCUGUUUAUUACAAAGGGGCCAACGAAAGGCUUAUCCAUGAGGCCGAUCAAUUAAUAUCAUACUUGGAACGGGGGUGUUCUGUACUAAGGUUUUAUCCAAGAAAAAGACCUGAACGUCGCACACUAUCUGUGCGUCGAGAAACACAUCAGAUAAUUCUAUUCCGAAAUGGAACGCCUCAGCGACAUACCCUGGAAGGUAAUUGGGAUAUUAGAGAUAUCAAGGAAGUUAGAUUCGGCAAAUCGUCUAAGGACUUCGAGCGGUGGCCUGAUGAGAUGAAAAAAUUAGAAAAUUCGAAAUGCUUCACAAUCUACUAUGGAACAGAGUUUAAACUGCGCUCCGCGUCUUUUGUCGCUCCAACGGACAAGGAAUCUGAAACAUGGGUGAAGGGAAUUAGGUUUCUAGUAGAAGAAUCUAUAAAUACACCAUAUCCACUACAAAUUGAGAGGUGGUUAAGAAGGGAGUUUUAUACAUUAGAAAAUUCACAUGAAAAGUUAACAUUGAAAGAAAUAAAGGGAUUCUUGCCUAAAAUCAACUGCAAAAUAUCAACGAGCAAAUUGCGCGACAUUUUCCAAGAAAUCGAUACUGGUAGGCGUGGCGAAAUUGGAUUCGACGAUUUCUCAAUUCUCUACCACAGAUUGAUCUUUGAUGAAAAUAAUGUCCAUGACAUAUUUGACAAGUAUUCCCAUUAUUGCGCAAAUGGUUCGAUAAUAACAUUGCGCGAAUUCCAAAGAUUCUUAAUAAUAGAACAACAUGAUAAACUAGGAGAGGACGAAGCCAAAACAUCUCAGUACAUAAGAGACUACUUGCGCGAUCCUCAGCGAGAUAUUACUGAACCAUAUUUAAAAUUAAAUGAAUUCGUUGAAAUGUUGUUUUCGAAACAUAAUACAAUUUGGGACAGCAAACAUAAUCAGGUAACUCAAGAUAUGACAAGACCAUUGUCACAUUACUGGAUCUCAUCAUCUCACAAUACAUAUUUGACGGGGGAUCAAUUCUCAAGCGAAUCUUCACUGGAAGCAUAUGCAAGGUGCUUAAGAACAGGCUGCAGAUGCAUCGAAUUGGACUGCUGGGAUGGUCCAGAUGGAAUGCCAUUCAUUUACCAUGGGCAUACACUAACAACAAAAAUAAGAUUCACUGAUGUUCUGAGAACUAUAAAGGAGCAUGCUUUUGUCGCAUCUGAUUAUCCACUGAUUUUGUCCAUUGAAGACAAUUGUUCGCUGCCACAACAGAGACGUAUGGCGACUGCAUUUCAAGAUGUCUUCGGAGACAUGCUGCUCGUUCAGCCAAUUGAGAAGAAUGAAACUACUUUGCCAUCACCGUAUGAUAUGCGUCGUAAGAUAAUUUUAAAGCACAAAAAGCUGCCAGACGGUGCUGAAGAAAAUUCAUUUGCAGUAUGUUUAGAAGAAGGUAAAGAUAUGGAUUUAAGAAAUUCAAUUAAAAAUGGUAUAUUGUUAUUGGAAGAUCCCGUUGACAAAGAAUGGAAUCCUCAUGCGUUUGUGCUUACUGAAAAUAAACUUUAUUAUACAGAAAACUACAGUGCACCAAGUGAAACUGACAUUGAUAGUGACGGUGAACCUGAGAUGGAAACAACAACUAUAUCUCAGGAUGAAUUGCACUUUGGGGAAUGUUGGUUUCAUGGGAAAUUGACUGGAAAUAGACAAGAAGCUGAAGAUCUUCUGAAAGCACAUUCACAUCUCGGUGAUGGUACAUUUCUUGUAAGGGAAAGUGUAACAUUUGUUGGGGACUAUUGUCUAUCAUUUUGGCGACAAGGCAAAGUUAACCAUUGCCGUAUAAAAUUGAAGCAUGAAAGGGGCUUAACUAAAUAUUAUCUCAUUGAGACGAUGUGCUUUGACAGUCUAUACAGUUUGAUCACCCAUUACCGCCAGCAUCCUCUACGCAGCCAGGAGUUUUUGAUAACACUAAAAGAUCCUGUGCCGCAACCAAAUAAGCAUGAAGGUAAAGAUUGGUAUCACCCGAAUUGCUCAAGAGUACAGGCUGAAGAGCUGUUGCGGAAGGUCAAUAUUGAUGGAGCCUUCCUUGUAAGGCCGAGUGAAAAAGAACUCAACUCCUAUGCUAUCAGUUUUCGGACGGAGAGAGAAAUCAAGCACUGCAGAGUUAGACUGGAAGGUAGAUUGUAUUCUAUUGGCACGGUGAAGUUUGAGAGUCUUGUAGAGUUGGUGUCAUACUAUGAAAAGAAUCCAUUGUACAAGAAAGUAAAACUCUCAUAUCCCAUCAGCGAGGAAGCCAUAAGAAGAAUAAUAACCGAACCAGAUGACUGCUCGGUGUAUGGAACACCAGGAUACAUGGAUCCAACAUCAUUUACGUCAAGGAUGACGGUAAAGGCAUUGUAUGACUACCAUGCAAGGCAAGAAGAUGAAUUGUCGUUUUGUAAACACGCGAUAAUAACCAACGUGGACAAACCUGACGAGGGAUGGUGGAGAGGUGACUACGGAGGCAAACGUCAGCAUUGGUUCCCGGCAAAUUACGUUGAAGAGGUAGAUGUACCUCAUCUAACAGAUAUCGCUGGAUGUUUGGAUAACGAAAAUGCCGCGUUGGGUUCUCUUCAGCAGGGUGUCGUCGAUGUGUUGGGCGCUAUAGUGGAACUGGUGGUUGGAGAGGAAGGCGGUGCGGCGCGCUGGUUGGUCAGGAUACAAAGUCCUACCAUGUGCGCCCCCUUCGACAUGGCUGCGCCUACCAGGGAGUCAGCGUUAGAGUGGCUUGAUGCCAUCAAAGUAGCUGCUCACAGCGCCAGCGCCAGGUCUCAACAGCAUAGAAAAAUGGAACGCACCUGGAGAAUCGCCAAAGAAAUGUCCGAUCUCAUUAUCUACUGCCGCUCCGUGGCUUUUAACGUUGACAAAAUGAAAACUAAUGUCUUCGUCUUCACCGAAAUGUCCUCUUUCCCCGAAACCAAAGCAGAACGGUUCAUGUGCCAACAGGAGGCGUCUCAAGCGUAUUUCAUCAAAUACCACAUGAUCCAACUGAGUCGUAUCUAUCCUAAAGGACAGAGGAUUGAUUCAUCAAACUAUAGUCCGACUCCGUUCUGGAACGCUGGCUCGCAGAUGGUGGCUCUUAAUUAUCAAACACCUGACAAAGCGAUGCAAAUUAACAUGGGAAAGUUCAAAGAGAACGGAGGUUGCGGUUAUGUACUGAAGCCGGACUUUAUGUUCGAUGAGAGAUAUACUCCUCAAGACAGGAAAUGUGUUGAGAGGAAGGUGAAGCCGGUGACAGUGAUGCUACGCGUCAUCGGAGCGAGACACCUCUGCAAAUCGGGCAGGGGCACUGCGAGCCCCUUUGUUGAGGUGGAGAUCAUCGGCGCGGACUACGACAGUGGCGUCAAAUUGGUCACCAAGACAGUCACCGACAACGGAAUCAAUCCGAUAUGGAACGACAUCUGCGAAUUCGACGUUGCCAAUCCCGAUUUGGCUCUGAUCCGAUUCUUGAUUCAAGACGAAGAUAUCUUUGGAGAUCCGAACUUCAUCGGUCAAGCGACAUAUCCAUUGAAAUGUCUCCGCACCGGCUACCGCAGCGUCAGCUUGACCAACGGUUUCUCUGAGGAAUUGGAGUUAUCUUCACUUCUCGUGCAUAUUGUUGUCAUGCCGAGUCGUUUGCAAUCGCUGCCAUAGCAUGCAGAGAGUCCUUCUUCGGUUAGCCGAUCAGGACGCUGUGGUUUAAGUUGUGUCAUCAUAUAAACGGCAACUAACAGUAAAAGCUUCAUUGUACGUGUUUCUCAUGUUCCUUAAAAGUGAUCUUUAAACUACACUGGUACUAUCUUAUAGUAUUAAGUGCACAUUUAAAUAUAUAUACUUAUAUAUGUCGCAUAAUCUGCUAUUUUAAAUCAAUGUUAAUUAUUGUAUCCUAUAAA